GCUGGAAUUGUCAAAAUAAUUCAUUGUCAAAAUAUUACCUUUGUGCUUACUGUGUAAAAUAAAAAAAUAGUCAUAAUUUAUGAGAAGAUAACGCAAGAAAAGCAUAUUUCGAGGGUAGCCUAAUAUCUUGAUGUCUUAGUUUUACCGUCAUGGCAAAAAGAAAAGCAGCUGUGAAUGAUAUCAUUUAUGAAUUAGACAAUGAGGACAUCGUAAUCAGUAGUGACGAUGAGGUUAAGGAAUCCAAAAUAAAUCGUUUAGAGGUAGUAAACAGUACAAAUGCUACCUCGAUUAUUGAGGAUAAUAGUGUAGAAAGUAUUUCGGAAGUAAUUGAUUUAGAUACGGCAAGCGACAGUGUCAGUGAAUGCGCUGCAGCAACGAUGAAGCAUAAUGGAGGGAAAACGGAGAUCGACAAUAACAUUGGAAACUCUCAAAAAGCAACAAGUUCGCAAGAAACUGCAGACGAAGUUGAUUCCGUGAAGAAAACAACUGCCGAUGGUUCUAACACCACUAUAUUUAAUGAGGACAUAGUCAUAGAUUCGCCCGGUAAUAGUGACUUGGGCGUAGAGGGUUGCGAAAAUAGGACGCCCUUAGUUACAGUACGGUUUAGAGAUAGUAAAAUGGCAAGUAAUUAUAAGGAACAGGUGAAGGCAUUUAUGUUAAACUUAAUAAAGCUUCAUGAGGGAGACAGCAUAGGGGUUGACAGUGAGACAGAUAUUGAACUGGAUAUUUGGCCUGAAGACUUGAUUGACACUGAAGCGUGUGAGGACACGGUACAGAAGGAAGAAAGCAGUUUAUUCUUUGUGGACACUGAACCCUGUACUGACAGGCCUAAUAUUAUUCCCAGAUACAGUCAGGCAUCAACAUUAAUAUCAAAUGUCCCUGAUAAAGAGGCAUCUCCUCCCCCUCUGAGGAGGGGACCCUGCUGCUUCAACUGCGACGGAAGCCAUCAACUGAGAGACUGCACCCUGCCCAGAGACCAUGCUAGGAUAGCGGAGAAAAGAAAAGCUAUGAAUUCUCUCAGAGUAGGACGCUACCACAUAGAAGAUGAACAGAAAUAUGGGCACCUAAUACCCGGCAGAAUAUCAGGGCAGCUACGACAUGCACUAGGACUGAAGAGGAAUGAGUUACCAUUACAUAUCUACCGCAUGCGGAUGCUGGGGUACCCGCCCGGAUGGCUUGAAGAAGCGAGGAUAUCUCAUUCAGGCAUCUCUAUGUUUGAUUCUACUGGUACUGCAAUAUUAGAACCUGAAGAGGAAGAAGGCGAAGUGUGUGAACCAGGAUCUAAAGACAAGUUCGACAUCAAGAAGAUACUCGACUUCCCAGGGUUUAAUGUUCCUGCCAGCUCACGGUAUUUAGAGGAGUCCCAACAAUUCGGUCUCCCUCCGAUGUCGGAACAAGACAGCAAGAUGGCCAUGCUACAAUUCCUGGCUCCCAACGCGAUGAAGGCGUACAAACGCAAGAAGCUCACGUUCUUUCCCUCCGCGUCUGCUAACACCACCAUGGAAGGACAGGCUGAGAUGGAACUUGAUAGUGGGGAUGAAGUAACAGAGUUCCCGUCCAACCCUCCGCUCCCGGACGAGGCGCCGCCGCCGCCACCGCCCCCGCCUGCUCUCCCCCCACCUCCUGAAACUCCUCCACCUCCCGAGACACCCCAAUCUCCCCCAAAGCCCCCAUCUCCUCACAAAGUGCCCAUACCUGAUGACAAGCCUGACUCAGGGGAUGAUGUCGAGGUAUUAGAGGUGAUCAGAGUUGGAGACAUACCGGUGCCCGAAGCAGAUCUCAUCACUAUUGACGAAACUGAAGAUGAUAAAUCCCAAAGCAGUGGACGAGCCAGCCCUUCAUUGGACGACUUAGAAGAAAAGAAAAGGCUACUAUUGAAUGCAUUAGAAAGUGACUGUACGCCUAACGUAUCUGUUAUUAGCAUACUUGACACGACUGAGGAGAUCAUAGUUGAUAAGAGUGACAAUGACACCAUGGACACUGACAAUGUCGAAGCCAAUGGGAAGGACCAAGACAUAGCUAAAGACGAUGUAACUAGUACCACUGAUGACAAUAAAAACAUAUCUCCUGAUAACAGUGAGACAAUAACUAAUGUAGAAGACUCUCAGACUGACGCUAAAAGUACAGACGAAGCUGAAUCAAUAGCAGAACAAUCGCCAUCAACCACUUUAGAAACUAAUGACAAUAACAAAAGAAAAGAUAGCAUAUCCGAAUCCAGUACAGAAUCUAAGCCAGGACAUGUAAAAGGAACGUUAUUCGGAACACCAGUCAUGAAUAUAGCGUCUUCUUACGUCAAACUACCCACAGACGAGAAGUUCGCAAAAGACAUUUGUGACGUCAUCAACUUCGAAAACUUACCCAACUCAACAGGAAAGUACAAAAAAAUAAGUGCAUUACUAAAGAAAGUUAAGAGUGAAGUAGACAGGAUCCAAGACUCAUGAUACCCAUGUACCCCUGAAUGGGGUAGAACUGUUUUAAGUUUUACUAUGAAAGAUGUGGGCGUGGAAUUGUUAGAGUAUAUUUGUAAAUUGAGUCAUUGUAUUUUUAUACUGCUCAAUAGGAUAACUCCAUUUUUGGAUCAGAAGCAAUAUUUUAGCAGCUACAUUUUGAGUCGUUAAGUUACCACGCGUUGGUGCGUUUUAGCAUAAUCCAUUUUACGAUGAAAUCAAGAUUCAGUUUUUCCAAGUGAAUAUUGACAGUGAUUGCACAUUGCAGUGCAAUUUUCUCCACACUCAUUUUAAAAUAAUUACAUAGUUUUUUUUACUA